AUGGAUUCCGCUAUUAGUUUGGGACGAACACCAAACCCAAACCCUACACGAUGGGUAUGGACGUUUGACGAGGAGCGUGCUUUAGUAUCCGGGUUGAAGGACCUAGUAGCGCGUGGUUGGAAAUGCGAUAACGGUUUUCGCUCGGGAUACACCACGGUUCUAGAACAACAUAUCCGUCAGCUUUGUCCUGGCAGCAACAUCAAAGCAGAACCGCACAUCUGUUCAAAGAUAACGGCACAACCAAAAGCGAAGCCUUUACGUGGCAAGUCCUUUUCAUUCUAUUCGAAUUGGCUAGACAUAUUUGGGAAGGACCAUGCAACAGGUGAGGGAGCACAAGGGUUUGUAGAUGCUGUCAAGGAAGUACUGAGCAAUGACGGUGACUGCACACAAAAUAAUACUUCGAGGCAUGUCGGAGGUGGCGGUCUUUCCGAAGGGCAAGACAACGAGGUUGAUUCUGAAUCGGCGCAUGGAGUUGAGAGCACUGCAUCGGGCGGGAUAGCAAGCGGAAACGUAAUUCGGAUUUGGGGUGACCAAGUCGUGGGGCUGAUUUCCACUUUAUGUGAAAAGACUGAUCAAAGGUUGUCUCAAUUGGUUGCCCGUGUCGGGUUUCAACAAGAUGCAAAGGAGCAACGUCAGAUUAUUGUUGGAGCACUUAAAUCAAUUCUGUCUUUAUCUAGACACCAAAAGUUUACUGUUGCAAAGUACUUAUGCAAGAAUAACGACGAGCUUGAUUUUGUUCUUGAGUACCUCGUCCAGGGGUGGACACUACAUGAGGAGAGGGUGUGCUACCGAUUGUUCUUUGGCAUUUGCCGUGCAACUCCUAACGUGGAUCAACCAGCGGUAUUCAACUCUCUUUGGUCAGUCCUUGCUCGCCAAGUAAGCGAGGCUAUGCAUAAAAAGUUCUCCAUCGGCAAGGUUAAAGCGAAGAUCAACAUGCUACACACCCAUUUUCGGGAGUUCCAACUCUACCUGACGAUCCCUGGAACUAAGGUGGUUGGUGAAGGCGGACAUGUUCGGGUCAGCGCAACCUAUUGGAUCUACGUCGGGCAGGUGAUAUUUUCAACUUUGAGUUAUUUUACUUUCAAGUACAACUUUUGGGUUUACUUUCGUGUUCAACUUUUGUUAUUUUACCUAACCUAUGUAUGUUUUCCCUCAAUAAUACAAUCUACUGUUGUGUUUGUUCAUUUUGCAAAGGAGACCGACUAUGAAAGCUUCUUCCGCCGUUACGGCUUCCCAUGGUAUAAUGAAUGCGUUGAAUUGGGGGAACUAUGUGCUGUGGCGGAGGUUGAUAUGGCUAGAGGUCCAGGUUGUUCGACUAACAAUCCACUGGAUUUUCAGAAUUUGGACGAGUAUGACCAAGUAAUGGACGAACCUGUCAAUGGAGAAAAUCAGGGAGAUCAACAUAAGGUGGUCAUGGAAAACAUGCACGUGCACGUGGACGAGGAGAAUGAGGUUGCAAGCCGGGUCGAGGUCAUCAACAUUGAGGAUGGGGAGAAUGAGGUUGCAAACCGAGUCGAGGUCAUCAACAUUGAGGAUGGGGAGAAUGAGGUUGCAAACCGGGUCAAGGUCAUCAACAUUGAGGAUGGGGAGAAUGAGGUUGCAAACCGGGUCGAGGUCAUCAACAUUGAGGACGAGGAGGAGCCUGAGAGCAUGAAAUUGGACACGGAUGUGGAGUCAUGUGUUGACUCUGAGUAG